GAUCCUGGUAACUGAAAAAGGGGCAAAGCCCCCCCCACCCCGCCCGCCUCCAGCUCUGUACCGUGUGCUUUGUGCAACUCUGAGUCUUCCUGGGUGUGGUAAAUGUCACAGCCCGUCACUGUCUUUUCUCGGGAGGCAGGUGUGUCUUGGCCGCUGCCUCCAGUUGUACUCUGGGCAGAAAAGCCUGGCUCUCGGAGAUGGUGCGUUUGUAGUAGGGAAUAGAGGCUGGAAGGGGAAGAGCCCGCCGUGAAAAAUGGCUCCUUCCCUGCGGGGGAAUUCCCAUGCGCACCGGCGUGCGUACGUUGUGUUCCCCACCCUGCGCCGGGUCGGGCCUGCCCUGGAAGCUGUCAGAGCUGCUCGUUGGUCUCAUGGCACACCGUGGGGUUUUGCGCACGAGCUAGUACAGUCCCUUGGGUGUCAGGUGUGGGGUUGAGACUCCCCACGUCACUCUCCCAUAGCACGCAGGUGUAGGGUGCGUUCCGUAGGGACCGUAAAAUCCAGACGUCCCUGAGGAUAGGGAUGAUGGUAGCGGAGCCUGGCUCCCUUCUGAGGACAGCCUUGUCCCCUCAGGAGCCCUUGGCCAGCUCCGCCGCAGGACUCCGGGAUGCCCAGCUCCCCAGGGCUCUUUGCGCCCAGGGGCAGCCCCUGCGGGGGGCGGAGGAGGGCCCUUUGUGAGGAGGGGGCAGAGAGGGCCUGGCAGGGUCCUGCAGGCAGAGCCCUGCAGGCAGAGCGGUGACCCAGGUGCGGCUCUGCUUGCUCGUGUGGAGAAUGGGCUCUUCACGUCCGUCCCGUCUCCGUGUUCCUGGUCCGCGCCGGGCAAGCUUCCGUGGAGCUGGGGAAGGUGGCGGGGAGGGCCGUCCCGCCCAGAGCGGCUGGCUGUUGGGGAAGGCGCUACUUUGUCCGUGUGCUGGCAGCUGCGUGUGCAGCCUCUCGGGCAGGAGGACCCUUGGCUUCCUCCACUUGGAGACAGCGGCGGCGACGUGCGGCGUCAGUGUCGUAUCCCCGUGUCCUCCUGUGCGGCCCAGGCUGCAGGCAGGCCCCAGAGGGCUGGGUGGAGCGUGUGGCGCCGUGCUGCUCUCUGGGCACCCGGUGGAGGGGAGGGUGCCCGGUGCCGACAGCUGCUGCUGCGUUGGGUUUCGGCUCCUGUCGGCGUUGGCGCUUUUGUCUGUCAUCCAACCCAGCUCUCCCUUCUGUCCUGCAGGCCACCCCGUGGGCCGGAGGGCCCCAACCUUUCCCAGGACCAGUCUGCGUGGCCUGCCCCGCGUGCGGCCCGUCGUCGCCCAGCUGGGCACCUGCACCUGUUCCCCCUUGGUGCCCCGUGCCGCCUCGCCCCCCACCGCCAGCUGCUCCGCUCGGUGGUAUGUCAGUGCACCACUUUGCAGAAGAAGGAGGAGGAGAGUCUUCCUCUGAGGAGGUACUGUCUCUUGUUGUUAAUGUCCUUGUGUGACUGUAAGUAUCAGGGGAUUCUGAAACAUAAGCCGGGGGUUGGUGUGAGUGUGCAUUUUCACGUUUGCAUCUGCUGAUGAGAAUUUUUGACUUACAUUUUUAACUUACAGUUUAGGAUGUGAUUCUGUGCUUAAUGCCGUAGGACUGGAUAGUGCACUUGUGUUAAUUUUCCAGACUCACCUAGU